AUGCUACCAUUAAAUAACUUGAGGGUCAGGGCACCAGGCCAUGGCAGACAAGACAUUUCUUCCUGUGCGGGAACUGAGCGAGGGACAGACAGGUUCACUCGUCUCCCCAGCGCUGCCAUUACUUUAAACCCUCUGAGGCUUUUAACAAGCGAAGCAGAAGGCUGCUCUCUGCGCCCUGGCUGGCGGAUCCAAGCCGUGCGGGGGGUGGCGGGGACUGGAGAGGACAGCGGGAAGGCCAGCGCUCUCCCCAUCGCCCUUCUCCGAAGCCUCCCGGAGCGCGCCGGCCCUUCCUCCCGGAGAGCGGCUGCCUCUGAGCACCGCCCGUUCCGGCGCCUCCCGGGCAUCGGGCUCUCGACCUGCCCCGGCCGAGCCGAGAAAUCGAAAGAGAAACUACGGGCCCCGAGUCCCGGAGCCCCGCUGCGGGAAGGCCUCCCCCGCGCCGCCUCCCGGCCGCCGCUGGAAAGCCCGUGCAGGAGCGGGGUCCUGAUUCUCACCCUUGGCGGCUGGAAGCCCCGGUAUCCAGCGACGCUUCCUCGCAAGGCAGCGCACCCUGACCGGCCUGCGUUAUCUGCUCCUGCUGGUCCUUAUCCCACUGCCUCCAUGCUCCCUGCUGCGCUCCCACACAGAAGGCUCAUACGCCAGGUGCCCCCUCACGGCGAGGCACGGAUCUUUCAGAAUGAGAACUGAAAGAAAGAAUUGGAAACGAAAGGAGGGGCUUUAUACACUCAAAAAUUAAUUUGCCCUAAACUCUGUGUGCUUUUUUCCAUCUGAUCUCCCUCGACACCCGCCCGCGCCAGUGGCCUGGCCAGCUGCCCACACCAAAACACAUACCGCAGACGGAGUGUUCACUGCUUCCACAU